AUGCGUCACGCGGCAAUGCAGGCGGAGGUGCUGGCAGCGCGCGACCGGGUGAUGGGGGAGGCAACGCUCAACACGGGCGUCACCUCGCCGCUGCUGGGUGGGGGCCCCGAGGGGCGGUGGGAGCUGACAGCAGCGGGGCUGUGGGAGGCGCUGUCGCACUCGCUGCUGUCGUCCGUGUCGCUGCGCCACGACCGCCGUGCCGCCCUGCUGCGCCUCAAGGCCGACCCGCGCCUCUUCUUUGUCGACCUAUCCGCGUGGGACAGCUGGCGCCACGCCACUGGCGGCACCGACGAGCUGCUGCUGCGCCUGCGGGCGGCGGGCGUGCCGACGCGGGUGGAGGUGAUGUGGGUGCCGGUGAGGGAGUGGGACCCGGCCUCGCUCUACGCGCUGCCGGCGCGUGUGGUGGGGCACGCGGCGCACUCGCUGUCGUCAGCGGGGCCGGUGCAGGUGGCGCUGCAGUGGUACGUGGGCACGGCGGGCGAGGCGGCGGAGGAGACCUUCUUCCGCUUCGCGCUUCGCGAAGCGCAGCAGCAUGGCGGGCAGGUGGGCGUGGUGGCUGGUGCUGCCCGCCAAGGCCGCUGUGGCGCUCUUCCCCCUGCGCUGGGCCGCCUCCCCGCUGCUGCCCUAGCGCAGCGCCUGCUGGUGGGCGCGCCGGGGCCGGAGAGUGAGACGGCGUACAAGACGCGGCUGGGGAAGGAGCUGCUGCGGCGCAGUGGGCAAGCAGGAGGAGGACGAGGAGAAGGCGAAGAAGGAGAAGAAGGUCAAGGACUCCAUCCGAGAGGCCUUCGACCGCAUCAAGGUACCCCCUGCCCUGCCGCGCUCCUCCACCGCCCCCCCUCACCUUGCUCCUUGCAAUGCCCACCCUCUUUUGCUUCUAUCCCCACACCCCCUCUUCAAACCACCAUUUCCUCUUCAUGUGCUCGUCUCUCACCUUCAUCCCAUUCCAUCUGUUCCUUUCCGCUCCCUCCCUCCCACGGUGCGUGUGGGCAGCGAGUGCGGAGGCCGGCGGUGCGGCUGAGCGAUUUCGCGGGGAUGGACGCGGUGAAGGAGGAGGUGCAGGAGGUCAUCACCUUCCUGCGCGACCCCUCCUCCUUCCAACGCCUCGGCGCCCGCCCGCCCCGGGGCGUGCUGAUAACGGGGGGGUCGGGAGUGGGCAAGAGCAGUUUGGCGCUGGCGAUAGCGGCGGAGGCGAGGGUGCCGGUGGUGGACAUCAAGUCCAGCGAUGUGGACCCGGGGGGGUUCGUGGGGCAGGGCGCUGCCAACGUGCGCGAGCUCUUCAAGAUGGCCCGCGAGAUGGUGAGCUGGUCCGAUGGCGCCCAUGCUCAUUCUCAUCACACCCACUGCCACUGCCACUGGCAGGCGCCCAUGCUGAUCCUGAUGGAAGACUUUGAGGAGAUAGGCGGGGUGCGCGGGGCGGCCAUGGACACGCGCCUGCAGGACAAGGAGGCCAUCAUCAACCAGCUGCUCGUUGAGCUCGACGGGUCCGCCUCCCUGUCCCCCUCCUUGCCACACCCGCCCCCCUCCCGCGCUCGCCGCUUUCCUCGCCUUUGCCUCUCUGCACCCAUGCUACCCUCAUGUGAACUACACUCGCGUUCACUUGCUGUCCAAUGCACCCUACUAUCCUCCCCUCUUUUCGAUGUUGUCAUUCGAGCCUCACCUUGGACCGCUCUCACGCCUCAUGCUCGCCUUGCUCCCCCGCUGCGCAGGCCGGGGCGCAUGGACCGAGUGAUCGAGGUGCCGCUGCCCACGGCGGGCGAGAGGGAGAAGAUUCUGCGCCGCGCCGCCGCCGCCUCCAUGGACCCGCGAUUCGUUGAUGCCGUGGCGGAGCAGACGGGGGGCCUGAAGCCCACGGACCUGAGGGGCAUGCCGCGGCGCAUCCUGCUGGCCGCCGGCACCGACAAGUUCCGAGAUGAGGACGAGCUGGCGGGCACUCUCAGCAUGCUGGAGCUGUACCACUGGGUGGUGCCGGCGCUGCUGCGGCGCGUGCCGGUGCUGCAGCGGUGGGAGAGCGGAGUGGUGGAGCGGCUGGGGCUGGAGCUGACACCGGGGGAUGUGCAGCGGGUGCUGCCGGACAUUGACUUCUCCUCGCUCACCGACCUUGGCAUGGACCUCACCCUCCCCGACACCGCCAAGGUGGCCCUCCAUCCUGCCCUCCCCUCCCUCCUCACUUGCCCUGCAUUGCCAGCAAUGCCCCUCGCUCCUUUCGCAUCUUUCCACUCACCGUGCCGCUGCACCUGCUCCCCCACUUGUCAUUGCGCCUGCAACCAAGCUUGGCACCUCCCCAUCUUGCCUCAAGUCGCACCUCCCCUUCAUUUCUCCACUUGUCACCCCACCCUUCCCCCCUCCCUCCUACUUGCUCUUCCAUGUCUUUCCAACACCCGCCCUCUGCCCUCACAGUGGGAUCGUGCUGAGAAGCUUCCGCAUGCGGUGUGGGCAGCAGGGAGGGGCGUGCUGGCGGCGCUGCUGCCGAGCUUUGACCGCGUCGACAACAUCUGGCUCAACCCCAACAGCUGGGAGGGCGUGGGGUUCACGCGCUUCACGCGUGCCGCCGAGGGCUCGCUGGGCGGGGCGGACGGCAGUGCGGAGGCGGGCGGUGGCGGCGUGGUGAGCCGCGCGUACACGGAGCAGAGCCUGGUGGCGCUGUUCGGGUCGCACAUCGCCGCCGCGCUGCUGCUGCCCUGGGGGCACUCCAACAACCUCGCCACCCCGCAGCUGCAGCAGGCCUACCAGCACGUGGCACAGGUAGCACGUAGAAUACCCAUGUGCUGCCCUGUCUUCUCCCCCCCGUGUGCGUGCCCUCCCUGCCACCGUUCUAAACGUGCGUGGCAUCAGCUGGCGGAGCGCAUGGUCAUGGAGUGGGGCUGGGGACCCGACGACUCUCCCUUCAUCUUCCAAACGCACACCGCGGUCAGUACUACCACCCACCAUGCUGUGAGUGCCACCCACCAUGCUGUGAGUGCCCCCCACCAUGCUGUGAGUGCCACCCACCAUGCUGUGAGUGCCACCCACCAUGCUGUGAGUGCCACCCACCAUGCUGUGAGUGCCCCCCACCAUGCUGUGAGUGCCACCCACCAUGCUCAGCGCAAGAGUCUGGCGUUGGGGCGAAGGCAGGAGGCGGAGCUGAAGCAAAGGGUGCAGCAGCUGCACGAUGCGGCAUUUGAGCGCGCGCAUGCGCUGCUGGCGCGCAACCGGCGCACGCUGCAGGCGGUGGUGGACGCCCUCUGCACGCACGACGCCGUCGACCGCCAGUGCAUGGGCGCAUGGGUGCAUGGGCACAUGGCUGCAUGGGUGCAUGAGCGCAUGGGUGCAAGGGUGUUUGAGCGCAUGGGUGCAUAG